AGAAAGUGAACCUUGAUCAACAACAAUAUGGACGCCUGAAACGAUCAACCUCUUCAAACAACAGAAUAUUUAUUGAGCCGUUCAAAGAGUCUUGUGGACACAUCUGAUACUCACAGGCUUGAAGAGGGAAAGAACAAUGGCAGAAUCUUCACCAACAUCAACAAAAGCAAGAAAAAACAGGAGAAAGAGUAUUGACAAUUAUCCUCCAUCGAUGUCUUCCUCCAGCGGUCCACUGACUGAGGAGCUUCAGUGCUCGAUAUGUCUGGACGUGUUCACUGAUCCAGUCAGCACUCCAUGUGGACACAACUUCUGCAAGACCUGUCUGAAUAAGUGCUGGGACAACAGCCAGACCUGCCACUGUCCAUACUGUAAAGAAACAUUCAAGAUCAGACCUGAUCUCAAGAUUAAUACCACACUCAGAGAAGUUGUAGAUCACUAUAAAAAGAAAAGUCCUGAGAAAAAAACUGAAGUUCUGGAAAAAACUGAAGUUCUGUGUGACGUCUGUGAGGAAAGAAAGCUGAAAGCCCUGAAGACGUGUCUGGUGUGUCAGAGCUCUUACUGUGAAACUCACCUGGAGCCUCAUUUGAAAGUGGCAGGUUUAAAGAAACACAAACUGAUCAAUCCUGUGAGGAAUCUGGAGGACUAUAUAUGUCAGAAACAUGAGAGACCUCUGGAGCUGUUCUGUAGAGAUGAUCAGACAUGUGUGUGUCCGACGUGUGCUGUGAAAGACCACAAGAACCACAACACUGUUCCUAUAGAAGAGGAGAGUGAAGAGAAGAAGAAAGACGUGCAGCAGAUGAUCCAGGACAGAAUCAAGAAGAUUCAAGACGUCAAAAACUCAGCAGAAGUCAGAAAAAGAAACACAGAGAAGGAGAAAGCAGCCCGUGUUGAGCUCUUCACUGAUCUCAUCCGCUCCAUUGAGAGAUGUCAGACUGAACUGCUGGAGAUGAUGGAGGAGCAGCAGAAAGCAGCAGAGAAACAGGAGGAAGAGCUCAUUGAAGAGCUGGAGCAGGAGAUCACUGAGCUAAAGAUGAGAAACACUGAGCUGGAGCAGCUCUCACACACUGAAGAUCACCUCCACCUCCUACAGAUUUACUCAUCCCUGUGCAGCUCUAGAAACACCAGGAACUGGUCUGAGAUCAGUGUGAAGACUGAUGAGAGUCUGGAGACUCUGAGGAGAGCUCUGACUCAACUGCAGGACACUCUACAGGAGAAACUCACUCUAACUGUCUCUACAGAUCUGAAGAGGAUGCAGCAGUAUGAAGUGGAUGUGACUCUGGAUCCUGAUACAGCUCAUCCAUAUCUCAUCCUGUCUGAUGAUGGAAAACAAGUGAGAUGUGGAGACAUUGAGCAGAAACUACCAGACAAUCCAGAGAGAUUUGAUCGAUAUGCAAAUGUCCUAGGAAAGGAGGGAUUCUCCUCAGGGAGAUUUUAUUUUGAGGUGCAGGUGAAGGGAAAGACUGAAUGGACUUUAGGAGUGGCCAGUGAAUUCAUUAACAGGAAGGGAUCGAUCACAGUGAGUCCCAGUAAUGGAUUCUGGACUGUGGCUCUGAGCAAUGAGAAUGAAUAUUGGGCCUGUGUUGAUUCUCUUGUCUCUCUGUGUCUGAGAGUGAAGCCGCAGCGGGUCGGUGUAUUUGUGGAUUAUGAGGAGGGUCUGGUCUCCUUUUAUGAUGUGGAGUCCAGCUCUCAUAUCUACUCUUUCACUGGUCAGUCUUUCACUGGGAAACUCUAUCCAUUUUUUAGUCCAGAACUUAAUUAUGGAGGUAAAAACUCAACUCCACUGAUCAUCACACCUGUCAAAUACGAUAAAUGAAU